CAGUAACAGCCGCGAGACAGACAAAGUGCGUCAGGCGGCUGAGCGCGGCGCCAAUGUGAAUCAGACCGGCCCUGCGCUUCGCACCGCUCUGGGCGCGGACAUCUCGCUGAGUGUUGGGACGACGCACAGGGCAGGGACCCGUGGGCAGCGGCCAGUCCCGCUUCCUACUGGGGAAGUCCCAGGGACGGCCAGUCUCUGCCAGCGGCCAGCCCGCCGUGUAACGCGAAACUUCCUGGGGGCGGGGCUGUAUUCACGACAGCUAAGGGCUGCAGAAUUUAGUUGCGCUCCCUGCCUCAACUGCGCGUCUUUGCGGCAGUUCCAGACCCGGCCGUAAAGCCGCGCGGGUCGCAGACGUAGCGCGCGCGCCAAACUCGGCCCGCGAAACGGAUCAGCUAGUCGCGCGGCGCUAACGAGGCGCCAGCGGCGGGAUGGGGCUGCUGGAGCAGUGCGAGGCGGCGUUCGGCGCCGCCGACCUCUAUCAAGUGCUGGGCGUCAGACGGGAGGCCUCGGGGGACGAGAUCCGCCGCGGCUACCACAGGGUCUCGCUGCGGGUCCAUCCGGACCGCGCGGCCCCAGACCGCAAGGAGGAGGCGACCCGGCACUUCCAGUUCCUAGGCAAGGUGUAUGCGGUACUGAGUGACCAGGACCAGCGGGCGCUGUAUGACGAGCAGGGGAUUGUAGAUGAGGAGUCAGACGUUCUGAGCCAGGACCGCGACUGGGAGGAAUACUGGAGACUGCUCUUCAAGAAGAUCACCAUAAAAGAUAUUGAAGACUUUGAAAAGAAGUACAAAGGUUCAGAAGAAGAGCUGGCUGAUGUUAAAGCAGCAUAUGAAGAUUUCAAGGGAGACAUAGACAAAAUUAUGGAAUCUGUGCUGUGUGUUGAUUAUACAGAUGAGCCAAGAAUAAGGAAGAUCAUACAACAAGCCAUUGACUCUGGAGAAGUUCCAUCCUACAAAGUCUUUGUAAAAGAGUCUAAGCAAAAAAUGAAUGCAAGGAAAAGGAGGGCUCAAGAAGAAGCUAAAGAGGCAGAAAAGACCAGAGAAGAACUCGGUCUUGGUGAUGGGGAAGAUGACUUGAAAGCACUAAUUCAAAGCAGAAAUAAAGAUAGAAAAAAAGAAAUAGAUGACUUUCUGGCUCAAAUGGAAGCAAAGUAUGGAAACAAUUCCAAAAAAGGAGGAAAGAAAACAGCACCCAAGAAGGCAAAGAAAUAGUUAUCUAUUGACUUUCUAGCCUUUAUGUCAAUCCACAAAUGAACACCGAAGUUCCAGUGAAUCUCUGCAGCCUUCCUGACUUCCAAUGUAGAGCACAUGUGCAUCAAUUCAUUGUGGCUGGGAAGAUAUGAUAGCAAGUGAGAUGAAAACAAACUUUUUGGUGACACUAUUUUAAAUCUUCUCCUAAAUUUUAGUUAGGAUUAAAUAGGUUAUUGGAUUACCAUUGUGCUCCAGAUAAGGGUUGUAAAUGUACUAUUUGGGAUCUAUAUGUCUGUCAAAAUUUGAAUUGUGUAAGCACAUCAGAACCCAACUGGUGAGACUGCUGGUGGCAAAACAAUGUAAUUUAACAGGAUUGAUAGUCUUAAAAAUGUUUGUCUAUGUGGCAUGUUACCUGAAUAUCUUAUUUUCUAGUUCUGUUCAUGCUUACCAGUUUCCUCUGUAAUACCCUGUUGCUCUUCUUAUGGUCUUUGCACUUCUGUUCAGCAGGGCAAGAGUUUUUCAAUAUUUGUGGUUUUAUUAAAGAUAUUUUUGAAAGCUAGCUUAAAUAAAAAUGUUUUUGCAAAA